AUGGCCAGCAAGGCGCGUAACGACGUCCGAGGCACCACCAGGACUGAGGGGAAGGGCGACGCCGGCGUCGGCGUAGACGUCCGUGGCGCGACGGCCAGGGCGGAGGGGAAUGCCGGCGGCGCCAACAGGACGGAGGGGAUGGGCGACGUCGCCGGCGGCAAGGACUCACUGAAGAUGGUGGCGCUGCAGGCACCAGUCACCAGCGAGCGCCCCGUCCGCGGCGACCUCGAGGAGCACGUCCCCAAGCCAUAUUUGGCCAGGGCUCUGGCGGCUCCGGACAUCUACCACCCGGAGGGGACGACGGACGAUCACCACCACCACAACAUGAGCGUGCUGCAGCAGCACGUCGCCUUCUUCGACCGCGACAACGACGGCAUCAUCCAUCCUUGGGAGACUUACAACGGAUGCCGUGCGGUUGGGUUCAACUUCAUCAUGUCUGCCCUCAUCACCGUGCUCGUGCACCUGGUCAUGAGCUAUCCCACCCUGCCAGGUUGGAUGCCGUCCCCGCUGUUUCCAAUUUACGUCCACAACAUCCACAAGUGCAAGCACGGAAGUGACUCUGCGACCUAUGACAGAGAGGGCCGGUUCAUGCCGGUGAAUUUUGAGAACAUCUUCAGCAAGUUCGCCCGCACCUACCCCGAUAGGCUGAGCUACAGGGAGAUGUGGCGGAUGACCGAGGGUUCGCGGGAGGUGUUCGAUUUCUUCGGCUGGAUUGCGAUGAAGCUGGAGUGGACGUUCCUGUACGUGCUGGCGAGGGACGAGGAGGGGUACCUGUCGAGGGAGGCCAUCCGGCGUAUGUACGACGGCAGCCUCUUCGAGUACAUGGAGAGGCAGUGCCAUGCCCAGCAGGAGCACGUCAAGACGUACUAG